GACUACGGGGGCCGAGAGGUGGCGCGUGCGCGGCGGAAGUGGGUACCCGUGACGCCGCACGCCCUAAGCGCCGGCUACGGUGCGGGAAGGGAAGCCCGCCCGGUGGCGGCUGGGCUCGGCUGCUGGGAGGAGGUGGUGGGCUGGUUCGGACGCGGGUCGAGGCUGUAGCAGGACUCCAGGAAGAUGUUACCGAGUACUUCAGUGAAUUCCUCAGUGCAGGGGAACGGAGUCUUGAAUUCCAGGGAUGCAGCAAGACACACAGCCGGAGCGAAACGCUACAAAUAUCUGAGAAGGCUUUUCCGCUUUCGGCAAAUGGACUUUGAAUUUGCUGCCUGGCAGAUGCUCUAUCUGUUCACAUCCCCACAGAGAGUUUACAGAAAUUUUCAUUAUCGAAAACAGACGAAGGACCAGUGGGCCAGAGAUGACCCUGCUUUCUUGGUCCUGUUAAGUAUCUGGCUCUGUGUGUCCACUAUAGGAUUUGGCUUUGUGCUGGACAUGGGAUUCUUUGAGACAAUAAAGCUUCUCCUUUGGGUUGUACUCAUAGAUUGUGUAGGCGUUGGUCUUCUGAUAGCAACUUUAAUGUGGUUCAUCUCUAACAAGUAUUUAGUGAAACGACAGAGCAGAGACUAUGAUGUGGAAUGGGGCUAUGCUUUUGAUGUGCAUCUCAAUGCUUUUUAUCCACUCCUGGUCAUUUUGCAUUUUAUCCAGCUUUUUUUCAUCAACCAUGUUAUCCUGACAGACACAUUUAUUGGAUAUUUAGUUGGAAAUACCUUAUGGUUGGUUGCAGUUGGCUAUUAUAUCUAUGUAACUUUCCUCGGAUACAGUGCAUUGCCAUUUUUGAAAAAUACAGUAAUUCUUCUGUAUCCAUUUGCACCUCUGAUUCUGCUCUACGGGCUGUCCCUGGCACUGGGAUGGAACUUCACCCAUACUCUCUGUUCUUUCUAUAAGUACAGAGUGAAAUAAAAAGUGAGAAGAUUCAAUCGUAACUGUGUCAACAGUAUUGUGAUCAUUUCUUGUAAAACUUGUAAAUAAACUAUAUCUUUGUAGAUAUCUUAAAGGUGUAAAGUUUGCAAAUUUGAAGAAAUAUAUAUUAACACUGUGGUCAGGUACAUUCCUUAAAACUAAUGUACAUUUCUAUAAUAAAUAUUUUUUAAACUAAA